AUUCUCAGUUCAUUCAAGGUUUGCUACUUUCAGAGAAGCCUGACGGUGAUUGAAUCAAAGAGUGCCACUGUAUUUAAACUAACAUAUCUGCUAAUAUCUAAUAGGCUUCAACUUCCUUAAACUAGCCCGUGACGCAGAAAUAUGAACGCGGAAGAUAUUUCCAUGUGCACGCACGAAACGUGAAGGGACGCGAUGAACAGAGAGCGCCAACGGACGCGCAGCGCUUCCAGGAGAGCCGGUGUCCUGCGUUCGCUCAGCGUCGAUAACACUGACGAUAAUGAAACAAUGGUGGACGAUAUAGACCAUCCGAAACAUGGCAAUCUCGAACAGCGGCUUAUGGCACCGCGGUACAACUUGCUCCGUGAAGUCGGUAGGGGCAGUUAUGGCGUCGUUUACGAAGCCAUUGCCCGUAAAUCCGGAGCGAAAGUGGCGGUAAAGAAGCUGCGUUGCGACGCGCCGGAGAAUGUUGAACUGGCACUAGCGGAGUUUUGGGCUCUAACCAGUUUAGAGAAACGCCAUGAGAAUGUCGUGCAACUGGAGGAGUGCGUGCUCCAGAGGAACGGGAUGGCCCAAAAAAUGAGCCAUGGCAAUAAGCGUUCAAAGCAGUAUUUGAGGUUGGUGGAGACCUCACUAAAAGGUGAGCGUGUAUUGUCGUGUCCUGACGAACCUUGCUACCUGUGGUUUGUUAUGGAGUUUUGCGAGGGAGGGGACCUGAAUCAGUUUAUCCUGUCCCGCCGGCCAGAUCCAAGCACCAACUCCAGCUUCAUGAUGCAGCUGAGCAGCGCCGUGGCAUUCCUGCAUCAGAACAACAUCGUCCACAGAGACCUUAAACCGGAUAACAUCCUCAUCUCGGAAAGUUCUGGUGCGCCUGUGUUGAAAGUGGCCGACUUCGGCCUUAGCAAAGUGUGCGCCGGUCUGGCCGCGGAAGUACGGGACUCGGAGGACAAAAAUAAGAACAGUGUUAACAUCAACAAAUUCUGGCUUUCGUCUGCAUGUGGUUCGGACUUCUACAUGGCACCGGAGGUCUGGGAAGGACACUACACAGCCAAAGCGGACAUUUUUGCUUUAGGGAUUAUCAUCUGGGCCAUGAUAGAAAGAAUUACUUUCAUUGACGCAGAGUCGAAGCGGGAGCUGCUAGGGACAUACGUGCGACAAGGUUCUGAUAUUGUCCCUGUUGGGGAGGCGUUACUGGAGAACCCAAAGAUGGUGUUAAGUAUUCCUCAGCGCAGGCGGUCGCAUAUGUCAGAGGCACUCCGGAAACUUUUACAGGACAUGCUAGCUGUCAAUCCUCAGGACCGACCGGAUGCUUUGGAGCUGCACAGCCGGAUGGGGCAGGUCACCUGUGCGGCGUGAACUCUGAGCUUGCACACAAACACAGGCUUUCCCUGUCCACUACAGAACAGAAGGGACCCCGUCGCUUGGAAAACUGUGAACCUUCCAUCGCUGGUUUAAUGUGAAGAGUACAAAGUACUCAGCUUUAACACCAAAUUUUGGCCCAUAGAUUUUUCAACUGACCAUUGCUUGUUUGUUUACAGGGGUGAUUUAUCACAAAAUGGCAUUUUUCAGCUAUAGCCCAGAAGCAUUUAGCUCGAUUCAAUCGUCAAAUACAUCACUUAAAGUGAAGUUAAACUAUGUAAUACAGUUAUAACAAUCAACCUAAAUCUAGCAAGCUUUGAACAUCUCUCUAUGAAAAUUUCCUACUUAAACAUAUUCUUAAAACAUCUUUGCCAUAAGACAGAAAUGUUUGUUAUUCAGUAAAAUUACAGAAAUCAAUUUUUUUUAAAUUCACAUUUACUUCUAUCAGUAAUAUUUGCAGUUUCCUGAACCUUUAAGAGAUGCAUACUACAUUUUCAGCUGAAUAUAUUUAUGCAUGAUUAUCAGGUUACAGACCAUUUUCAUGCAUUGUGUUAUCUACAGCUAAACUUGAUUAACAUGGGUCCAUUCAUUUGAUCUUACUUGAGUAAAAAGAAAUCCACAAAACUUGAAAUCUUUAAUCCCCUUUUGUUAUAACCCCACAGUUGAAAUUGAUAAUUAAGCUUGAUUUGAUUAAGCUAAUAAAAUGCUCUUAAUUGGUCAAUUGCAGGAGCCCGAUAUUGAGAUUUUUGUGAAUGCAUUUUGAACUCCGUGCCUUGACAUGUAAUUGUAUAACUGAGAUUUAAACCCCUUUUUUCUGAUUUACAGCUUUAUCUUUUAAACAUGCACUACGUCGUAAGCUUUUUAAUAGUUGAGGACUUUAGAUUUUGUGUUCAAUUAAAAGCAGUUUAUCGUUGCAUGAGAUUAUUUUUUGGCCAAACUGAUUGAUAUGUUGAUUCUGGUUCCCUUUUUUAAGGAUUCAGAAACUUGAUAAAGCCACAGGCCUUCACAAACAUGCAGUUUAAAAAAAUCCCUUCAGCUAAGACACAAGACACAAACAUCUUACUCUUAUAAAAGUAUGGUUAUACAGUAUGAUAUUUUUGGAAGUGCUAGAUUAGGAUAUGCUUUUUGUCAAGUAUGAUUAAAGGAACCAGUUAGAAGCGAGUGUUAUUAUUAUUAUUAUUAUUUUUAAACCAAUACAUUUCCAAUAUAGAACAGUGUUUUUUAUUCAUUUUAACAUGGUUUUUUUUUACUUUCAAUUUGAUGCUUAAAAUAGAGUUGGUGUCGUUCUUUAAAUAUAAGAUGGGAGCUCUAUAGUGGUACAAUUUGCAGUUUAACAUUCAUAUGUAUUCUGACCUAAACUUCAUAGAGAAGAUUUGUUGUGUGUUUAGUGGUGGGGUUUUGCCUGAAAGUGUGUUUUAAUUCUACCUCAGCACUCUUGUGUUUUAGUAACUACUAAUUCACAGAAUUAACUAACCGUGCUUUUGUUUGUUUCUUUUUUAAAGAGAGACAAUUAGUUAAUGUUCUUCAGAUGUUUUUAUUUAUUACAUAUUUUUUGUUUUUGAAUAAUAAAUCUAGAGUUGCAAAGUUUUUCACUAGUAUUUUAAUUUUUUUUAUUUCCGCUGCUCUUCAUUCUUGAUCACUGUCUGUUAUAGCAGAAACCUGAGGAGAAACUUCAUUUUUAAUUCACCCUUAGGUUUAAAAUGUGUUAAAAAUUGGAUUAUUCUGGAAUGCAUUCUUCUCCAUUUAGGGACAAUUUGUUGUAUUGUGUGAUGGCUUUAUCCGUCUGUCAGAAAAUGUUUGUUUUCCUAAUUGCUCACCGUGUCUGUAUUUCUUUUAAUCCCGUAUUUCUUUUCCUGAAAGGCAUUUUAAAUGAUUGUACCUUUUUAUGAGGAUCAAAUACAGUUUAAUAUUUUAAGAGCCACAGUUGUUAGCUCUGGUUCUUAAAACUAAAGUUGGUGAAUGUUCAAGAAUUGUCUUCAGUUUGAAUGUUUUGGAAAGCUUAAAUGGGUUUUUUGUGGCAGCAGUCAAAAGAACCAUAGUAUUAGACUGCACUUGCACUGAGUCUCUCUCGCUCGUCCUCUCUCUCUCUCUCUAAAAGUAAACAGAGCAUAAUAGAAGCUCACAUCCUGUUUGAAUGCCGAUUUCCAUGUUUUUCUUUGUAUUUCUCGUGGCUUGACUGUAAAACAUGUCUAUGCAACCUCUGCUUCCUUGACUCUGUACAAUGCUGCUCUGAUAAAUUAGCCUCUACAGAUUUUCAAUGUUCUGUCUUUUGGCUCAUUUUUAUUUUUUUGUGGGGCACUGUGUGCUUCUGGUUUGUAAAAUGUGGACAAUUUUUGAAAAGGACUUUUAUUUGUGUUAAGCACACUAGAACAUGUGGAAGUACACUGAAUUAGUGUCUCAUUCCUUUUUUUGUUUCAACGCUCCUUGUGUUUAAUAAACCAUGUUUAUGUGUA